AUGCUAGGUGAGCCAGAGCCUGACACGCAUGAGCAGAAGGAGAAGCCGGGCCACAUGGCAGAGAAAUCAGAGGGACAGAGAGGAGCCAGGAUGCAGCCACAGAAGUCUCAGAAACCAAAAGGGCACGGCAUCCGUCACAGUGUCCUUUCCCUUCACCACCUGUGCUCACCAGCAGCACACAGCAGCUCCUCCUCCCUCACCAUGGAGCCCGAAGUUCCACCGGAGGACCAGGGCGGACACUGGGGGGGCACGGGCUCCGAGCCCGCGGCGGUCCCACGCCGGAGACGGGACCUGCACCACACCACCCGCCACCCUCCGCACCCGGGAGCCGCCACAGCGCCCACCCCUCCGGCCGGGCGCGGUCUCCCGGCUCCCGCCGGCUCCCACCAGCCCCCGCCGCGCCCCCGCCCGCACACGUGGGCUCCCAGGGCCCCGGCCCCGCGCGCCCGCCGCUGCCGCACCUACCCGCCGCCCGAGGCGAGGGAGCCAGGCGCCCGGCACGGUGCAGCGGCCACCCCCAGCCGCCGAGCCGAGCUUCUGCCGCCGCCGCGCUCCCAGCCGCUGCCUGCGCCCUCCCCGCCGCCCCCUCGGGUGCCGGCUCCAGCCCCCGCGCCGGGAGGCCGGCGGGCGCGCGGCGCGGGCGCGGGGCUGUGGCGGCGGCGGUGGCUGGACCCCGAGGUGCCGGCCCCGGGCCCCCGCUCACCUGGGCGCGCCGCGCAUCGUCCUUCUCCCCGGCCAGCAGGGCAGGGCUGCGCGGGUUCCACGCCCCCAGCCCCGGCGGCCGCCCCCCGCCCUGGGAGCGGCGACGGCGACGGCUGCGGGGCGCACGCCGGAGUGGGCGCGGAGGCGGCUGCCGGGACCUUGCCCCCCUGGGCUGGCCGCGGGCGCCUCCCCUGCCUGAGGGUUGCCCCUGGCCCGCGCUGGCUGCUGGGUGACCUUGGGCAAGUUGGUUAA